AUGAACAAGAUAUUCACGGAAAUCAACAAUAAAUAUGGAUCUACAGCACGCGUCGCGCCGAAGAUGUUGAUCACAAGCGACCCCGAACUUGUGCGACGUAUGAAUGCCGUACGCUCACCGUUCACUAGAGGCCCCUGGUACACGUCCCUGAAACUUCACCCGGACAGUGAAAACAUCGCUUGCUACACCGAUGAAGACAAACAUAACGACAUGCGCAGCCGUAUGUCGUUUGGAUACUCCGGCAAAGAGAAUGUACACUUGGAGAAAGACAUCGAUGAUCUCAUACUCGAGAUGAUCAAUCUGAUUCAGAAGGAGUAUAUCACGAAGUCAGAGGAGGAUCUCUUUCGCUGUAUGGACCUGGCAAAGGUUACGUCCUACUUCACGCUCGAUAUCAUCUCUAAAGUUGCCUUCGGAGAGCCUUUUGGCUUCCUAGCAGCCAACGACGAUCCCUUUGGUUAUGCAGCGAAUUUGAAGCAAUACUUGCCCGCCGUGUCCUGGUUUGGCGUUUAUCAUGAGCUCACGAAUAUCCUUAGAAUACCCUUUAUCAAAGCAGCACUGCCAAGCUCGAUGGACAAACGUGGAUUAGGCCGCGUCAUGGGUUUCGCGCACGAUCGGGUACAGGAGCGCUUCGGAGAACAAGCUAUCUUGCGGCAGGAUAUGCUGAACUCUUUCAUCAAGAACGGGCUGACACCGCUUGAGCUGGAAGGCGAAACGAUGUUGCAGAUUACAGCUGGGUCCGACAGCACAGCUUCAGCUCUGCGCAUGACCAUGCACUUCAUUUCCACCUCUCCGCCAAUACUGCAGCGUCUUCUCGCGGAAGCAAACGAGGCUAUAGCAGCUGGAAAAGUUAGCCGGCCAAUCAUCAAGAAUUCCGAAGCUCUUCAGCUUCCGUACCUUCAGGCCUGUAUCAAGGAGGGAUUGCGAGUAUACCCUCCUAUCACUGGCAUCUUGGCGAAGAUGGUGCCGAAGGGCGGAGCCAAGAUCGACGUCGAUGGUGUGGAGAAAUAUGCUCCUAGCGGUACUCAGAUUGCUUGGAACAGCUGGGGCCUAAUGCGCAACAAGGAGAUAUUUGGGCCCGACGUUGAGAUUUUCCGCCCUGAACGAUGGCUUGCACGGGACGACACUGAGGAGACAGCAAAAUACAUGCUCAGAAUGAAUGAGACCCUCUCUCUUGUCUUCGGCUAUGGUCGGUUCGGCUGCCUUGGUAAAGUGGUCGCAAACAUGGAACUUAACAAAGCGUUGAUAGAGACUUUACUGCGCUUCAACCUGCAACCUUGUAGACUAUCAGAGCCUUUCAAAGAGUUUUGCUCUGGAUUCUACAUCCACGAUGAUAUGGACUUUGUUGUUACCGAACGUUAA